GGGUUUUCCCUCCGCCUCUGGGGCAGGCGAGCGAGCGCCGCGGAGCGCGUCCCUCCCUCGCCAAUCCGGCUCCGGCGCCCGCCCGCCCGGUCGGCUGGCCGCGUUUUCCAGGCGCCUGCCGACUGGUCGCUCCGGCCCGGCUCGCAUUCUCUCCUGGAGCCGACGCUUGGAGGGAGGGUUCGAAUCCGCGCGAGGGAACUGUCGCGCGCUAGGGGCGCGGAGCGGCGCCAGCAUGAAACAGCUGCCUGUGCCCUGCUGAAAGUUCAUGGCCACAGCCCUGGGCCCUGCUGGCAUUGCCAUGGGCAGCGUGGGCAGCCUGUUGGAACGGCAGGACUUGUCCCCGGAAGAGCUACGGGCAGCGCUUGCAGGGCCCCGGGGUUCCCGCCAGCCUGAUGGGCUUCUCCGGAAGGGCCUGGGCCAGCGUGAGCUCCUCAGCUACCUGCACCUCCCCAAGAAGGACAGCAAGACAGCCAAGCGUGCCCCUCGGAACGAGAGUGCUGACUACACCACCCUCUACUACCGGGAGCAUCCUCGAGCUGGUGACUUCAGCAAGACUUCACUGCCCGAGCGGGGUCGCUUUGACAAGUGCCGCAUUCGCCCAUCGGUGUUCAAGCCCGUGGCGGGCGCUGGGAAAGGCUUCCUGUCCAUGCAGAGCCUGGCAGCCCACAAGGGCCAGAAGCUGUGGCGCAGCAAUGGCAGCCUGCACACAUUGGCCUGCCAUCCACCCCUGAGCCCAGGGCCCCGGACCAGCCAGGCACAGGCCCGGGCCCAGCUGUUGCAUGCGCUCAGCCUGGAUGAGGGCGGCCCCGAGCCCGAGCCCAGCCUGUCUGACUCCUCCAGCGGGGGCAGUUUUGGCCGCAGUCCUGGCACUGGUUCUGGCCCCUUCAGCUCCUCUUUGAGCCACAUUAACCACCUUGGGGGCUCCCUGGACCGGGCCUCCCGGGUCCCCAAGGAGGCUGGGCCACUGGCGAUGCUGAGCUGCCUGCCCGAGCCACCGCCCCCCUAUGAGUUCUCCUGCCCCUCCGCCGAGGAGGUGGUGGCCCUGCUUCCCGACACCUGUGAAGAUCUCAAGAGAGGCCUCGGUGAUGAGGAUGGCUCCAACCCUUUCACACAGGUGCUGGAAGAGCGCCAGCGGCUGUGGCUGUCCGAGCUGAAGCGCCUGUAUGUGGAGAGGCUGCACGAGGUGGCUCAGAAGGCAGAGCGCAGUGAGCGCAACCUCCAGCUCCAGCUGUUCAUGGCCCAGCAGGAGCAGCGGCGGCUGCGCAAAGAGCUCCGGGCACAGCAGGGCCUGGGCCCUGAGCCUCGGCCCCCCGGUGCCCUCCUGGAUGCUGACCCUAACACCCGACCAGAGGAGGAAGCCCGAUGGGAGGUGUGCCAGAAGACGGCGGAGAUUAGCCUCUUGAAGCAGCAGCUGCGGGAGGCUCAGGCCGAGCUGGCGCAGAAGCUGGCCGAGAUCUUCAGCCUCAAGACGCAACUUCGGGGCAGCCGGGCGCAGGCGCAGGCCCAGGACGCAGAGCUGGCCCAGCUGCGCGAGGCCGUGCGGAGCCUGCAGGAGCAGGGCCCUCGGGAGGAAGCCCAGGGCAGCUGUGAGACCGACGACUGCAAGAGCAGGGGGCUGCUGGGGGAGGCGGGUGGCAGCAGCGAGGCCGCAGGUGGCGCCGAGCAGCUACGGGCCCAGCUGGUGCAAGAGCGGCUCCGCGCCCAGGAGCAGGCACUAUGCUUUGAGCGGGAGCGGCGGACGUGGCAGGAGGAGAAGGAAAGGGUGCUGCGCUACCAGCGGGAGAUCCAAGGAGGCUACCUGGACAUGUACCGCCGCAACCAGGCGCUGGAACAAGAGCUGCGGGCGCUGCGGGAGCCCCCAGCACCCUGGAGUCCUCGGCUGGAGUCCUCCAAGAUCUGAAGCCAGGGGGUGAGCGGGCUGCAGAAGCACCGCCAGAAAGCGGCUUGGACGAGCCCGCGCUGAGAGGGCUGGCUCCUUCCUUACACUGGUUGGGGGCAGGAGCUGCUGAGGCCAGCCAGGAGUGGGGAGGCCCACCGAGAGGAGGGGUCCAGCGCUGCUGUGGGCUGGAUAGGGUGCCCUCCUGGCAGAGGAGCACCUCGGCAGGGCCCCGCCCUGCUCCCUGGAGUAGAUGUGGCCCAGAGAAGGAGGCUGGGGGACCAAAGGCCUGGUGAUGCAGAAGGGCAGGCGUGAAGGAGGGAGGCUGGGACGGGGACAUUGGCCUCCCUCAGAAUAAAAUCACAUUUUCUACAAGGAGGCCCUGGGUGAUACACUGGGCCUGUCCCUGGCCUGGGUCUAGAGGAUUGUGGAUGGUUGGGGGUGGGGGCCCUUUACCUUGGCUGUAUGUAGCUCCUUCCAUGGUCAUGGUCGGUGGGAGGCCGUGCCAUGUGCCUGUGUGCGCAGCUGCUGGGCAUGUGUGUUGGGGAGUGGAGGAAUCCAUGCCCCAGCACCACACGGUUCCUUAGCUGCCGUGUGGGCUGAAAUUCCUUUCUCAGCACCAGUGGGAUUUUUCGGAAGGAACAAUGCCAGAGAACCCAGAAAAACAAAAGGGCAAGUCAACCAAGGCAUUGCUAGAACAUGAAACAUUCUCUUGGUAGGAAGUCUGGACUGUGGUACCCAGCCCCCUGCUGGGUUGGGGCCGGUCUAAGACAGCUUCCCCUGGAGCACCCAAAGGCUCCAGUAGGGCCCUGCCCCUCCCAGAACCCACCUCCCAUCUUUCUGUCUGGCUGUGGUGCACCCCUCCCCCCCACACAGGGAUGGGAGGCCCUGGGAAGGUAGAGGAGACAAAAUUUGUGGGUGGGUUACUUGGUGAAGGGCCUGUACCGCAGCAGGGAACGUGGCCAUUUUCCUGUAGACAGUGGAAGGCCCUGGGGUAUUUUUUAGCAGGGGUGAGAUGUGAUCUUAUUUGUAUUUUGGAAAGAUCUGUCCUGAGAGGAAGGAGCCCUCCACUCCCAGCCCUGCGCCGGGCUCUCUGACCCUUAGGCUCAGCCCCCUAAAGCCCACUCUCACCCAUAGCCUCUCAGCAGUCCGCUUCCCCUUUGGGUUUUUGCUCCCUCCUGGGUGGAUGGCCUGGAACACAGACCCAGGCUGGCAUGCAGGCAACCCUUCCCCACUCCCUGCAGUAAAGAUCAGUAUCCAUAUGUCAUGCAUUGAGCACUUCCUAUCUGUUAGGCCUUCAGGGCUUGGGGGCUCAGGGUUGAAUUAGAUGUGCUUCCCGCUCCAGGGGAGCCAGCGCACAGACCUCUUCUCCUCCCAGUGCCUGCCCUGAUGGGGCAGCAGCAUCCUCUGGUAUGUUCUCUGCAGAAACCCCAGGUUGCUCCCUUCCACCAUGAUCCCCCCUUCCCAGGCCAUGCCUGGCAGCCUGUCAGGCCCCAGCAUGUGGGUCCUGGUGGUAAGUGGAUUCGCUAUGUAGGGGCACCUAUGGGGCUAUGGAGUAUGAGCUGAUGUGCCCCACCUUUUUAGGGUGGGGAAUGGGGUGUGUGUGUUGUCUGCCGUGGGGAUGGUGUGUUUAUGGCUGUGUAAGUGGCAGGUGUGUAAAGCUGUCUUGUGGGUGGUGGGUGUGUCUGGGGGUGUGUUUGGGGCCCCUGGGUUGGAGGCCAGGAGGGCUGCUUCCUGGCCGCUCCCUUCUGCCCCAUUUCUUUCCACCAGUCCCUGCCCCACUUGUCUCUGGCCAGGCUUGAGUAGAGCCUGUGGCCAGAACAGACCCCUGUGUCUGGGUCCUCUGCCUGGGAAGGGAAGCAGAGAGCACUCAACUUAGGCAGGCUGGUCUCCCACAGGCCUUGGAACCCAUUUCACAGACUUCUCCAAACCGAGAUCUCUGGGCCAGUGACCUUCCAGAAGACCCCCCUCCCCAGCAGAGCUAGGUGCUGACCUGAAGCCUGGGUCACUCCCUCCCCACAACCCGGAACUGGGCAGGCUGCGUGCCCAGGUGCCCCACAGUGGCUGGGGUCUACCUUUCGGUGAACCAUCUCUGCAGGACAGCUCCCCACCCAGCAAUUAGAGAGCUGGGCUGGCCAGUACAGCCGGCGGGGAGUGGGUGGGCGGUACCAAAACUUGGCAGCUGUGCCAGAAACCAGGGCCAGACCCAGAUGCAGGGGGAGGGCACGAGAGAGCUGAAGCUGGGGUGGCUCAGAGGGAACCGGAUCCCUGUUAGCUCAUCCCUGCUGGGCAAACCAGUUCCCUGGUCCCCAAGCCGGCUGGGUGGCUCUGGGACCAGCUGAUCACAGGUGCCACUGCAGUGGCUACUGCUUCGGAACCCUCCCUCCUGAGCCUGGCAGGCCCCUUAGCUCACCAGGUGCCCAGAGGUCCCCCUGCCCUGGCAGACUAGGCCCAAGCAGCCAAUUCUCCAGAACUGAGGCCAGCUGCCCACACUGGGCUCCAUGCCCCUGGGCCCUUCUGUUCUCAGCUCAGCUAGUGUCACCUCUUCCAGUCACUCCCUGGGCCCCUCAGCCUAUCAUUUAAGGCCUCUGACAGCCUGGCCUCCACAGAGUCCCUGAUAGUGGUUGCCCUUUCUGACCCCAUCAUUCCCUCACAGCACCUCUGAGCCCUCAUCCUCCAGGCAGAGGCUCCUCACAGUCCCCAGAUCUUGUUUCCUCAGGAAAGCCUGCCCUGAACUCCUGCCCUGCCCUGCCCUGCCUGGGCAGCGCCCCCCGUCCCUGUGCCCACAGUCCCCUACUUCUCCUGACAUUUUGGUCUCUCCACUGGGCUGUGGGCAUUGCCAGGCAGGACUGUGUCUUCUGUUUUUAUCCCCAGAGACUGCUCUGGCUCCAGCCCAGAAGGCACUGGAGGGCUUUGGACUCAAGAGGAACCAGACCUCUCCCUGGCUGUCAUGGGUUCAAGCUGGGGGUGGAGUGGAGUAGGUGGGGAAGUCUCUGGCUCUGAGUGUUCAUUCACCAUUCACAGGCACCUGGGCCAAGCACUGGGGCUGCAGAGCCAGUCCCCAUUCACUGCCUGGGGAGGUACUGCACGCCUCCCUCAGGGCCAGGCCUGGUUCUCAGAUGAGGAAGCCACAGUGGCCAACGCCCCUGCCCCCAUGACCUUUCCCUGUGGGUGGGGGAGGGAGACAGCACACACAUCUGUCCAUGGUAGUCACCGGGCCAAAAGCGUGCAGACCUCUACAUCACAGUGGCCAGUCAACGGCACAUGGAGAAGCAAAUUUCUCAGACUGGGUAUAUCUAUAGGUAUCAGGGAGCCUUUUUUCAAAGAGGACGCAUGCCCCAUGGUGACAAUUCAGAUUGCAUAACUCCCCACCCUAGUAGGUGGGUUUUAGCUCUAUCAGAUUCGGAAAAGAAAAGGAAAUGUGCUAUUUCUUGCAACAAAGCAAAAGUGAAAUAUGUCAUGAAAGGUAAGGCGUAAGUACUGUGGAGUUCGGGCUGGCUCACUUUUCACUGCAGGUGAUGAGGGGUGUGUAUUUGACCAUAUUUUGGUCAGGCACUUUUCUGACCUCUCUUUGUGCCUGACCUUGGCAGGUGUCUCCUUAUACGGUCCGGUUCUGGCAAGAUUUCUGCUUAGUUUAGCCAGACUCCCCCUUUGUCCAUAUCUGACUAUGUUCCUCAUGUAAUCUUCCACCAACCCCCUCAGGCAAUGGCUAGCCUGCCUUCAGCAAGACUCCUGUGAGGUGCAUUUAGCCAGAAUCUGCUUCCAGACCCCCAAGGUUUCCUCUCAGUAAUUUUUCAUCCACUGACCCCUACCCACUCCUUGGCUGUAAAUUCUACUUUUCCUUGCUGUAUUUGAAGUUGAGCCCACUCUCUCUGCCCUACUACAAAACUCCACAUUGCAGCAGCCUCUCUUGAAUAAAGUCUUCCUUACCAAA